UUUUUUUUAUAUAGAGAAUUUCAAGAAAUGGCAAUGAAAAAUCAAGAAAAUGUUGGGAUUUUAAAGAAAUUUCCAGAAGCUUCUAAUAAAAUGUAUUCAUUUGGGAGUAAUGUGAAGAAAAUAGCUAAAGAAGAUCCAAGAAAAUUAAUUCAUUCAAUUAAAGUUGGAUUAGCAAUUGCAUUAGUUUCAUUGUUUUACUACUUUGAACCAUUGUUUGAUUAUGAAGGAUUUGGUGUUUCUUCAAUGUGGGCUGUUUUAACUGUUGUUGUCGUCUUCGAAUUUUCUGUUGGAGCAACACUUGGGAAGGGAGUUAAUAGAGGAUUUGCAACAUUUUUAGCUGGUUCAUUAGGUGUUGCAGUUCAUAGACUUGCUACCUUUACAGGGUCAGACAAAUUGCAACCAAUAAUACUUGGAUUAUCUGUUUUUUCGAUAGCUGCGAUAGCGACUUUUUUGAGAUUCGUACCAAAAUUGAAAGCGAGAUAUGAUUAUGGCAUUCUCAUUUUUAUUUUGACGUUCUCAAUGAUAUCUGUCUCGGGGUAUCGAGACCCUGUGGUGCUUGAUAAGGCGAUUACCCGAGUAACUACGAUCCUCAUUGGGGGCGUGGCGGCGAUCAUGUUUAAUGUGAUUAUAUACCCGGUAUGGGCCGGUGAAGAUCUACACAAUUUAAUUGCCACAAAUAUUGAAGAUCUUGGAAUUUCUCUUGAAGGAUAUGGAACACAAUACUUCAAGAAAAUAGAUGUGAAGUCUGAAGAGGAAUUAGAGAGAAUAUCUCUUAAGGAAUACAAAUGUGUUGUCUACUCAAAAGCUAGUGAAGAAAAUCUGGUCAAUUUUGCAAAAUGGGAGCCACAUCAUGGAAAAUUCAGAUAUAGACAUCCAUGGGGUCAAUAUUUGAAAAUUGGAGAUCUUGUUCGUGAAUGUGCCAUUAAAAUCAAUGCUUUGAAUUCAGAUCUUACCUCUUGCAAUAUGACACAAGAAGGAAGGAAAAUAAUUCAAGAACCAUGCACAAAGAUGAGCAUAGAGUGUGGUAGUGCAUUGAAGGAAAUAGCAAUGUCAAUGAAGACAAUGACACUUUAUCCAACAAUUGAUUCACAUAUUCUAAAAGCAAAAUCAUCAUCUGAAAAACUAAGAUCCAUAAUUAGAAAUGGUGAUUUAAUUGAAGAAUUAGAGUUGCAAAAACUACUCCCAUCAACAAGAAUUGCUUCACUUAUGCUAGACAUAGUGUCAAAUUCAAUAGAAAUUGUGAACUCUGUGAAUCAACUUGCUACACUAAUGAAAUUCAAGAUUUUGUCAUCAAAACCAAAGAGAUUAGGGAGCAAGAGUAGAAUUCCAAGUGGAAAUAUUGGAGAAGCACACCUUGUGGUUAAUGUUGAGUGAAUAAGGUCAAAAUCGUAAUCUUUGAGAAUCAAUGAAACUUCAAACAGUCUGAAACUCGAUAGAUGAAUAAUGGAUAUGUAUCGUUUAUAUAUACCAUUUCACACUCAUUAAGUAUAUAAGGUUUUCGCUUAUAUGACAAAGUUUGAACUAGUGACGUACGUCUACCUCAUACAUCAAUUAUGAAUUUUUUGUUGUUAGACCAAAGGUUGAGGGGUCAUUGUAAAAUGAGGAGAUGGUAUGAAAUGAAAUAUAUAAUAGUUCGUAAAUUCAUGUUAAAAGCUCGAUAGAUGGAUAGUGGAUAUUUUUAUUUAUAUAUUUAUACUUGACUAAAUAUCAAAAUCUUGUUUACGUAAUAAUGAUUUGAAUAAUUAUAUAUGGCUAACUCAUACAUUAAUGACAUAUUGUUAUUGUAAAUAGAGUGAUCUAGAUGGCAUGAAAUGCAAUAUAA